UGACGGGAGCGCGCGCCACCGCCUCGUGCGCGCGCAGACACGCUUUUACAACCGACAGGCACGAAAAUUCCACAGAAGAAAUCCGAGAUUGUGCUCCGGCGAAAUCCCGAAACGGGCCCGGCGACUUGCCCAGAGUGGGGUAAGAAGCGAGACCACUCCUAAAAGGGAACGAGGACGGUCCGGAGGUCGGGGAAAAAAUGGACUAAAGUCGCCCCCGGGGGCGGGAGAGUCCGCAGAUGGAGGCGGUGAGAAGUUUGCUCUUGCUCGGGGCCGUGCUGCUCCGAGGGUCGGGCUCGCUGGCCCGGGAAGUUUGCCUCGGCACCGACAUGAAGCUGGCCCUGCCUUCGAGCAUCGAUAAGCAAUACGAGACCUUGAAGCUGCUUUAUACCGGCUGCCAGGUCGUCCACGGCAACCUGGAGAUUACGCACCUUCACGGAGACCUGGAUCUCUCCUUCCUUCAGGGGAUUGUGGAGGUUCAAGGCUACGUGCUACUGGCAUAUGUCUCGGUGAGCCUGGUGCCUUUGGACAACCUCCGGAUUAUCCGAGGCAGCCAGCUGUACAAUUCCAGCUACGCCCUGGUGGUGCAGGAUAACACCCGGGGCGACAACGUCGGACUCGGGACGCUUCGUCUUCGCAGCCUCACAGAGAUCCUGUUGGGCGGGGUCUAUAUUUGGGGGAACCCCCAGCUUUGCUUUCCGGACCCCCAGAACAUUGUGUGGCGGGACACCUUGGAUGAGCAGAACAUCCACGCCGGACCUCACCGACUCCAGCCCAGAGCGCCGAACUGUCCGGGUUGCUCACCUGUAUGCAAAAACAGCUGCUGGGGAGAAACCGCACAGGAUUGCCAAACCCUGACGCGGAUCAGUUGCGCGUCAGGCUGCCAGCGGUGUAAAGGUCCUCUGCCCAAUGACUGCUGCCACAUGCAGUGCGCCGCCGGCUGCACGGGACCCAAAGACUCGGACUGCCUGGCGUGCCGGCAUUUCAACGACAGCGGCGUUUGUAAGGACAAUUGUCCUCCGCCCACCAUCUACGACCCGGUCAGCUUUCAGACCAAACCCAACCCGGACAAAAAAUUCAACUUCGGAGCCACCUGCGUCAAGACGUGCCCAUACAACUACCUGGCUAUGGAUGUCGCCUGCACAUUGGUCUGCCCCAAAGCCAACCAGGAAGUCAUCGUCUCCGACCCCGACGGCAACGAGACGCAAAAAUGUGAAAAGUGUGAAGGCGAGUGUCCCAAAGUGUGUUACGGCUUGGGUAUGGACAACCUUGGCGUCAUGGACAACCACGGCGUCACCAUGGUGACCUCCUCGAACGUGGAGCAAUUCAGCGCUUGUAAGAAGAUUUUCGGAAGUCUGGCCUUCCUCCCUCAGAGCUUCAUUUGGGACCCCGUGACCAACACAUCCGGCCUCUCUCUCGAGCAGCUGAGUGCCUUCAAGAACCUCGAGGAGAUUACAGGUUAUCUGUACAUCGAUGCCUGGCCAGAAGACUGGACUGACCUGUCUGUGUUUGAGAACCUGAAGGUGAUCCGAGGCCGGAUGCUCUACAAGGGAGUCUUUUCCCUGGCGGUGCAGAACCUCUGGAUCCAGUCCCUCGGGCUGCGUUCGCUGCGCAGCAUCAGCGGCGGUUUGAUCCUGUUGCACAACAACUCUCAGCUGUGCUACACCGAUUCGCUGCCCUGGGGGAGCCUCCUGCACCCCACCCAGGGGCCCCACUACAUAGUCAACCACAACCGAGACCCCCGACUCUGCGAGACGGAGGGGCGUGUUUGUCACCCGCUGUGCAAGGACGGCUGUUGGGGGCCGGGGCCCAGCCAGUGCGUGUCCUGCAAGACCUUCCGACGUGGCAGCGAGUGUGUUGAGCAGUGUGACCUUCAUCAGGGGCCGGUACGCGAAUACAUUGACGGAUCCUCGUGUGUAGCCUGUCACGCCGAGUGUCGGCCCCUCAACGGAUCUCUCACGUGCCAUGGCCGGGGUCCGGACCAGUGCAGCGAGUGUCAGAACUUCCAGGACGGCGAGUCCUGCGUGGACCAUUGCCCCAGCGGCGUGAAGGAGGACCAGCAGACCGUGUGGAAGUACAGCAAUGCCACAGGGCACUGUCUACCCUGCAACACCAACUGCACGCUGUCCUGCACUCAGAUGGAUGAGAGAGGCUGCCCAAUCCAUCCCAAGACAGGACCGGGCACGACGAUCGCGGCUGCGGUGGGUGGCGUGGUGCUCUUCUUCAUCCUGCUGGCUCUGCUGUUCUUCUACUUGAGGAGGCAGAAAAAGAAGAAAAAGAAGGAGACCCUGAGGAGGAUCCUGCAGGAGAACGAGCUGGUGGAACCUUUGACGCCAAGCGGGGCCUCGCCCAACCAGGCCCAGAUGCGCAUCCUGAAGGAAACGGAGCUGAAAAAGCUCCGAGUCCUCGGCGCCGGAGCUUUUGGUACCGUUUACAAGGGUGUGUGGACUCCUGACGGGGAAAACGUGAAGAUCCCGGUGGCCAUCAAGGUUUUGCGGGAGAACACCUCGCCAAAGGCCAACAAAGAGAUCCUCGAUGAGGCCUACGUGAUGGCCGGCGUGGCCAGCCCCUACGUGUGUCGCCUGCUGGGCAUUUGUUUGACCUCCACGGUGCAGCUGGUCACUCAGCUCAUGCCGUACGGCUGCCUCCUGGACUACGUCCGGGAGAACAAGGACCGCAUCGGCUCCCAGUUCCUCCUCAACUGGUGCGUCCAGAUCGCAAAGGGGAUGAACUAUCUGGAGGAGGUGCGCCUCGUCCACAGGGAUUUGGCGGCCCGCAACGUUCUGGUGAAGAACCCGAACCACGUGAAGAUCACCGACUUCGGCCUGGCACGCUUGCUCGACAUCGACGAGACCGAAUAUCACGCCGACGGGGGGAAGGUCCCGAUCAAAUGGAUGGCACUGGAGUCGAUCCUGCACAGGAAGUUUACACAUCAGAGCGACGUUUGGAGCUACGGUGUGACAGUGUGGGAGCUGAUGACGUUCGGCGCCAAACCCUACGACAUGAUCCCGGCCAGGGACAUCCCGGAUGUUCUGGAAGGCGGGGAGCGACUCCCGCAGCCCCUCAUUUGCACCAUCGACGUCUACAUGAUCAUGGUCAAAUGUUGGAUGAUCGACCCGGACAGCCGACCCAAAUUUAAAGAUCUGGUGAGCGAUUUUUCCGCCAUGGCCCGGGACCCGCCUCGCUAUGUAGUCAUUCAGAACGAUGAGCAGAUGAGCAUGUCCACCCCGGUGGACAGCCAGUUCUUCCGGAUGCUUCUGGAGGAGGACGGCAACAACAUGAGGGAACUGCUGGACGCCGAGAAGUACCUGGUCCCUCAACCCAACCUCUACCCCAGGGCCCAGGGAGACGGGGCGCAGUCAAACGGGCCGUCCAGGCAUCAGUCAUACAGGAGCCGGGAUCAGGGCUUAGAUGUGGAGCCCCCCGUGGCUGGCGCGCCCCCUCGCAGCAUGUACUCGUCCCUCAGCACUCUGGGCCGCAGCCAGUACCCCACCUUACCAGUAGGAGCCAGUGCCUCCAACGGUACGUGGACCCCCCAUUACCCCACGCUGGCGCGCAGCCCCUCCGCCGGCGGCCAGUCCGACUCCGUCUUCCUGGACGGACCCCCGGACGACCCCUCGCUGCCCCCGGCCAGCCCCGGGCGCUACUGCAAGGACCCCACCUACGGCAGCCAGGGCGAGCUGGAGACGGACGGCCCCAACGGGUUCCUGCAUCCCGCCCAGCUGCACCACUCGCUGCCCAGGAGAAGUCACGUUUCUAAUCACAACCACGCCUUGCCAGAGUACGUCAAUCAGGAGGUCCAGGAGCCCAGGCCGCAGCGGCCCACCACGCUCCCUCGGAAAAUCUCCAAAUUGGACAGACGCCUGCCCAACGGCCUGAGUUCGGGCCACAGCGUGGAGAACCCCAGGUACUUGGUGCCCUCCACCUCGCCCGCCUUUGACAACCCGUACUACCUGGACCUCGUGGCCAAGGCCAAAGCCGCGACGGGGGCCGACGGCCCGGCGGAACCGCAGCGGGACCUACCGAGACAAGUCAACGGCUUCGUCACUCCCACGGCCGAGAACCCGGAAUAUCUGGGCCUGGCGGACACCUGGAGUGGAUACACAUGAACCUCGAGGGAGGUAUUGGGGGGGUUGACGUGAAUGACAAUAUUGAGGCAGCUGGGCGCGUAUUUUUUAAUUUUUCUUGGGGGGGGGAAUUGCGCAAGGGAGUAACCACAUUAGAAGGUAAUGACGCACUGUGACUCAAUCCGAUCGUUCGGUGGUCCUGGCGACCUUUUUCGAUUCCUCACAAGCAUCCGACCGUUCUGGAAAACAAGUUUACUCAACCUCUGUAAAUAAUUCACCGUCAAGCGACAACGGAGGACGUUUUCGUCCAAUCGCGUUCGACUGGAAGAUAGAAUGCCUUUUUUUUUUCUUCCUCCAGCGUUUUUCCCGGCUGAAAUCGAGCCAGAAGCAGGAUCAUUCGGAUCAGUUGUCGUCUGCGGUUUUAGGAGCGACUCGCGGCUGUUUCCGAUCCGUACGCAAUACGCCGAUUGCAGAUACGUAACGACGUUGCAUCUCCAGAUUUUAGACGCGGGAAUACCUUGUGUGAUUUUUCUGCUAAAAAUGGUUGCCGAGCUUUUGCAGUCGCCGCACGCUGAGGAGGACGUUUAGUAUUCUGCUCAUUCCCCCCCCCACCCCCCACCCCCCCUCAAAAAAUGCCCUGGCGGGAGUCUUCGAUGCGCUCAAAGGCAUUUUGUUGUGGUCUGAGGGGGUCCCUGUACUGCCCAUCUGGCCGGCGCGCACCCUCCCUGAAAGAAAGAGGUGCUGUAUGUUGAAGACGGUGCUUGUUUGUGGUACCACUCAUCCACCCGUGUAUAAUAUUUAAAAAAAAAAAAAAAAACUUCAGCGAGUCGUAAUGCAAAAAUUUGCAUUUGCACUGCGAGUUUGUGUCAUGCCCCUUUUGCCUCCCGUGCUUGUUGUUCCCAAGCAGUUUUUUUUUCCCCACAACCUGUACUGCGUCCAGGCACAUUUUGGCAAAAUCUAAAAAAAAAUUAACCAAAUCGUGGAAAAAAAAAAAAAAACAAAGUGAAGUCCUGAUAAAGUGGGAUUCAAUGUCUUCUAAAUUUGACAUGACAGAGAGAAGUGAUGUUACGUAAUGUGUGUAUAAUAUGCAGGGUUUUUUUUCCCUCUAAAAAAAGUCAUCGAAAGUUGAUUCACCGUAUUAUACAUGGGUAUAAGAUAAUUUGUGUAUAACCAGUAUAAUGUCUAAUUUUGGUAGAAAUGCACAGUAAACAGAAUAUUUUUUCUGGGGGGGGGACAUCAAAUACAGAUAAUACUUAAUGUUUUGAGCAAAUGGAUAGUGCGUAUUGUACAAGGGUAGAUGGAAAUUCCUGAUUUUGGGUGCAUUAUACUGUAAAACGUAUACAUGAGAAAUUACAGUAUUUGGAAAGAAAUCGUGGGUGGCACGGUGGAUCAGCUGGUAAAGCGUCGGCCUUACAUGCAACAUUAAUUGGACACCCUAAAUUGCCCCGAGGUGUGAUUGUGACUGCGGCUGUUUAUCUUCAUGUGCCCUGCGAUUGGCUGGCGACCAGUUCGGGGUCUACCCCGCCUCCUGCCCGUUGACAGCUGGGAGAGGCUCUAGCCACUCCCCGUGACAUUCGUGAGGAUAAGGAACAGAGAAAAUGGAUGGAUGGAAAGAAAUCCACAAUUUUAAAAUGUUUAUGGAUACAUAUUUGUCACUGUCACAGGUACAAUGAAAUCGUAGCAUAUCACACGUUAAUAAAAAUCCACACACUAAGUAAUAAAAGCGGAUUUAGUUCCAAAUACCCCAAUAUUACAAGUUUAAACCAUAACUACAUGAAAAAUGAUCAGCGAAUGAUCAUUUCACACUUUUCUUACGACAUUACCCGAUCGGAGUUCCAAAACACCCUCGCACAGUUGACGACUUUCUGCGUUACUAAACAAUCAUUUUCAGAGCGAUGACGCGAAAUUGCAUCACGAUUCUUCCCGGGAAUCGGCGUGCCGAAGCCUCGUCGGUGAACGUGUUCCAACAGUCGGGAAGAAUCCACACGCGCGUACUUGUAUUAAAUGUAGCUGGAGGGAGGAGAAGUGAUUAAUAUUAUUAUUAUUUUUUUUGUUGUUGUUUUUUUUUUUUUUGUGGACACGUCGAAGCUGCUCGCGCCGUCAGUGCAUCACUGGAAUUCCUCAGCGCGACGCGACGGCAGCGCACAUUGGGGGGUGAUCUUUGACCUCUGCGGCUACGUUGCGGGGGCGCCCGCAAUUUUUUUUUUUUUUUUUCAAGAUUGCAAAAUGUGAUUUAACUGAGACCCCAUAAAAAAUUGACCCGGAACGCAAAUUGCAGACAGUCAGACGCCGUCUGCCACCGCUUACUUUCAACGUUUAAAAAAAACAAAACAACAACUUGGUGAAUCUUUUUUUUUCUUUUUUUUUUUUUUUUUUAAAUCAAUUCUCCAUAAAAAUUAUUUAAAAACUAAAUAAAAAAAUUAUACCAGUGAGCCGGUUAUUGAUAAUUCCACCGACGAAAGGCAGCUUUUUUUUUUUUUUUUUUCCACACUUUAUGAUUCUGAUACUAACAUCAGUUUUGAACGACAACACCAUUUAAAAGCUAUUUUUUUUUUUUACUGUUUUCCUCGAUGCAUUUUUGUCCAAAAACAAAACAUCUUCAUCGAAAGUUAUUUUGCAUUUUUCACUCAGCAAAAAUAAUAAUAAUUGAAAUAAUAUAAUUCAAUUUGUGUACAAUUUUGCACAAUGUAAAUACUGGAUGUAAUAUUGUGAGUAUCCCGUGACCCGAGUGAGGAUAGGCGGCAAGGGUUGGCCAUUGUGAAUAUUUUGUGAGCAGUCUACUGUGGAGGAAAAAAAAAUGCAAGCACAUACAAUAUUUUAUGAAGAAAACAGUCGUACGUGGAUUCCUUUGCAUCGUGUGUUUUUCAGGAAUAAAAAGUGUAAAAAUAUAUUUUCGUAACUUUUGUAUGCAUUCCUUUUCAAUCUUCUGCCCGCAAGUAAUCCCUUGUACAGUUAUUGGGUGGAGGAAAGACAAAAAAAAAAUAAAUAAAUUGUGAAUAGCAUUUUGGUUCAAUAUCUGACAUUCAUCA